UAAAAUAAAGCAAACAUUAACCAUGGCUAACAAGCCGACGCGCGAUGUGAUCGGCAUCAUCUUCAAGAACUUUUGGAAAUCCCUAAGACCGCGGCAGUUUCGUGGGGAUUACAUUGGGGAGGACUAUUUUGGGAAUAAGUACUACGAAAUUCCUGCAAAUCCUUCGAUUGGGAAGAGGAAGCCUUCCCGGUGGUUCGAGCCAGCGGAUAAAGAAGCCUUCGACCAGGAGCUGACUGCCGAAUGGGAGGCGUGGCUACGAGGGCGCCGGGAGGAGCCGCCCACCCGCGAAGAGCUUGUGAAAAAUCUUCAGAUAAUGGACAUGAAGAAACGCAACGCCGCCGAAUUGGAAGCAACAUACGCCAAGGGCAAGGACGACAAGGCACUGCCCAAGCAGGUGGACGGACCAACCAUUGGAACCUUUCCCAAAUACAAGGAGUAUGAGUUUAUUCCUGGCAAGGAGCCACCGGAGAAGUAACUCUAUAUUGGUUUUCCUUUUAAUUUAAUUUGUAAAUAUAGUUAAAUUGAUCUUAAA